AUGACCGACCACCAACCCUAUGUCACGAUCCGCGCCCGCCAGACCGCGGGGGGUCUAGGCGCACGGAACGCUGAGCCAUCUUCCGCGGCGCGUGCCUUUCCCAACCGAGGCCGCUCAUCACAGCGCUACAAAAAGGUUCAGGCUCUCCUCCUUCACUGGGGCUCAGACGACCUUUUUGUGCUGCCCGAGCUGGAGGACUUGCAAAAGUGUCUCAGCGAGGACUAUGCCUUUGACACAGACAUCUUCGCAAUUCCGUCGGAGAACUCGCAUCUCGACCUGAUGCUGCGCAUUGGCCAGUUGAUCAAAGAUCACGAAUCCCCCGACACGCUGUUUCUAGUGUACUACGGUGGUCAUGCUAGAAUCGACGAAUCGCGCCAAAGCGCAUGGUGCGCAUGGUCUGCCAUCCAGACGCUCCUCGAGCGCUCAAAGUCAGACGUUCUCAUCCUACUAGACUGCUGCGCUGGCGCGGCGAGCGCAACCUUUCCCACCGGACACAGCAUCACCGAGACGAUAUCCGCGUCAAGCUGGGACGCCAUCGCUCCGGAUCCAGGCCGUUACUCCUUCACCAACGCUCUGAUAGAAGUAUUGCAAGAAUGGAGGUCACGAACGUUCUCUGCCGCCAUGUUGCACGCUGAGGUGCUUGCACGCCUGAAGCAUCCUCGUCCCAUCACCAUCAACGGCAAGCUGUUCGAGGCGAGGUCGACACCGGUGCACUUCAUGAUGACGGCAAACCACAAAGCUCCGAGUAUUGAGCUAUGCAGCGCCAGGCAGGCUCAAAAACUACCCCCAUCACCGCCGCUGCCUCCGUCGCCACCACGGCCCACCCACGGCUCCGGUGCUGACCCCAUGGGUGCUGCCCGAGGGCCGGGCCUGUGUUCAACCCCUGUUCCUCGGCCGCCCGAGUUUAGCGACCCCAACGAAGAUACACCGCACGUCAUGAUUUCGCUCGCGCUAGAAGAUGAUCAGCGGCUUGACAUCAAUGCCUGGGAGCAGUGGUUAAAUGCGUUCCCCGCUCUAGCCAAGUAUGUCAAGGUUCAAGGAGUGUUCAAGAGUCACUCGACUCUCCUUCUUGUUUCCAUGCCCGUGACGGUGUGGGAUAUGUUGCCCGAAGAUCACGCGACAUCAUUUGUCGCUUUUAUAAGAUCCAACAACCUCGCCAUCCCAAGGAAUGCCCAGCAACCACAAGCGGUGAGAGCCACGACGCAAGCUCGUCAAUCUCAGGUUGGCAGACGCGGCACGGAGUCCUUUGUCUCUGGUGUUUCUGGCACUACUUUUGCGGCAGACCAUGUCUACGACCGAAGACCCAGAGAAGCAUCCGGCCUAGGACAUGGCUCAGCCGGCACAAUGACCAGGAGCGAACAGCCGUCUAGCUACCCGGCGACGUUCAGUGCUCCAGGAUCACCGAUUCUAUCUUCCCCUGGAGGUUCGAGUAUCCAGCCACUUCGAACGGUGGACUCCAGCCUCUCUCUCCAAACCCUACAGCGUCAGCCAGUAUCCGGAUCCCCGCCUGAAAGUUCCGGGGCAUCAAGGCAGAUCAUCCUCAACCAGCAGCAAUCGAUGCGUCGCACCGUUUUUGGCGACAAUGUUCCCGAGCCGAGACGCUUCGCGAGCCAUGUAGAGCGUCGACUGGAGGAGUACUACCAGCACGAGCCUCUGCCAAACGAUGCGCAGAGCGCAAUGCUGGCUUCGAACUUGGGCAUCGAGCUGUGGCAUCUCGAGGUCUGGUUCCAUCACAGGUGCGAGAGGGACAUUGUGUCCACUCGAUUUGCGAGCAUGAAGCUCAAGGACACGUCGCCGGGAGGCAGCGACGGGCCGCGCAUGAUCCUUCCCACAGCCCUCUCUGAGUUGCUGGAGCUAUCACUGCCCGGGCAGAUUUUACCGUUUGACCUUCGCUUGUCCAGCGAUUUCAACAAAUCACAUCUACAUGGUGCACUGAACCUGCGCGCGCCGCAGUCAUUCCUCCGCAUAGCACCUCUCGAGAUAAUUGAACGGUGCUUCGACGAUGAGGAAAGCCGCAGGGUGUUUGCUGCACGGAUGGGCUGCAAGUGCAUACUGUUCUACUCCAAGGGCGUCGACUCUCCGUCCGGAUGUCCCGCCGCCGGGAUUCUCCUGGACAGGCUUCGGUCGGACGGCUGGCUCGGCGAGUGCUUCAUCCUCAAGGGCAACUUCCGCGAGUUCAGCGUCUCGUUUGACAAGUUCGUCGUCGGCUCCAAGGCCACGCCGGAAGCCGUCGCCUGGUCGAGCAGGUGGCAAGACAUGGUGCCGUCCGGCUCCGCCUCGGCGGAGAGCAAGCAGCGGUACGCGCAGUGGCUGGACGCGCGCCGGGCGGAGGACAGACAGCAGCUAUCGCCGUACACGCCGGAGCAGCUGGCGGAGCGGGCGGAGCGCCUGGAGAGCCAGGAGCGCGAGCUCGAGGCCGAGUUCAGGGCGCGCCACAACGACCUGCACCGCAAGGCGCGCGACCUGCAGGCCGACCACGAGGCGCGCGGCGCCGACAUGGUGGAGUACCUUGACCGAGGGCUGGGCAAGCUGCGAGGCGAGCUGGCGCACGACUCUCCGGCGGCGGCGCCGAGGGGUGGUGGUGGCGCCGGGUCUUCCAAGAUGCAGGCGGACGACUACGCGGGCAAGGUGUAUCGCGCAGGCGCUGCGGCGGACGAUGCGGAGGGCUACGUGGAGGUGCCGAGGGCGAGCGAUGCCCGGUCAGCGCCGGGACACGGCGGACGUCCGUUGUCGGAUCCGACGGCGGGUGGGCAGCAGGAGGACCUGGCGCGUCGAGGGCGGAGCGGUGGCAGCGGGCUGCUUACCAAGGUAUUCCGCCGUUCAUGA